AUGGCCGCAUGUAUCAGGCGGAACAGAUCCCUGCUGAAGUGGUUGGCGCUCGUGCUGACCAUGAGCUCAGUUUUGGUGUGGUUCGGAGUCACCGUGGGAAUUAGUUCCCGGGAUAAGUCGGCCAGCGCGUCGGAGGGCAUCGGACGACUCGCUGGUGACAGUGAGACCCACGGGAAGUUACCUCUGUUUCUCACAGCUAGCACUACAAACGUCAACGAAAUAGAUCCGAGACGCCUCUCAUGUGCUGAAGUCAAUGGAGACUCCUACAACACUGCCUACCUAGAACUGAACCAGUUUUACCUUCAAUGA